GGCGCCCGGCAGUGCGGCAGUGUCUUUACCCAUGGCGGACGGUAGCGGUGGCGCUGGGGCGCCCGAGCGGCCUUACGAGCUGGUGGUGUUCGGUGCCUCGGGAUUCACCGGCCAGUUCGUGGUGGAGGAGGUGGCGCGGGCGGCCGCCAGCGGGGAACUGCGGGGCGCCCUGCGCUGGGCCGUGGCCGGGCGGAGCCGGCAGAAGCUGCAGGCAGUGCUAGAGCGGGCGGCCGAGAAGCUGGGGAAGGCGGCGGUGGGGCCGGAGGUCGGCGUGCUGCUGUGCGAUGUGGACGACGCGGCCUCUCUGGCCGCCAUGGCGAGGCAGACCCGGCUGGUGCUCAACUGCGUGGGCCCGUAUAGAUUCUUUGGGGAGCCUGUGAUAGAAGCUUGUGUUGAAAAUGGUGCAAGCCACAUUGACAUCAGUGGAGAGCCACAGUUUCUGGAAGGCAUGUACCUGAAAUACAAUGAAAAAGCUGCGGAAAAGGGAGUAUAUGUCAUUGGAAGUUGUGGCUUUGACUCUAUACCAGCUGAUAUGGGAGUGCUGUACACCAGAGACAAGUUGAAAGGUACCUUAACUGCUGUCGAAAGUUUCCUGAAGGUGAAAUCUGGGCCAGAGGGAACUUGUGUACAUGAUGGGACCUGGAAGUCAGCUGUUUAUGGUCUUGCGGAUCAAGACAACCUGAAGAAGCUUCGAAAAAAGAUAGGAUAUGCCCCUGUUCCAGUAGUUGGUGCAAAGCUUAAAAGGAGAGGGCUUGUGUUCUACAGUCAGGAAUUCAAAGAGUACUCCAUUCCGUUCAUGGGAUCUGAUGCUUCUGUUGUGAAACGGUCUCAGCGUUAUUUGCACACAGAGUUGCAGGAAACACCUGUGCAGUAUGGUGCUUAUGUGAGCAUAGGUGGUCUUGGUUCUGUUAUGAAGCUGAUGUUUGCUGGCAUUUUAUUUCUUCUUCUUGUGAAGUUUAGUUUUGGAAGAAAACUUCUGACAAAAUACCCAGAAUUUUUCUCUGCUGGACACUUCACAAAGAAAGGACCAACCCAGAAACAGAUGGAUGGAACCUCUUUUACAAUUACUUUUUUUGGUGAGGGUUACAGUGAAGGGCAAGAUCCCCAGAGUGGCAAACCAAAUGUAAAGAUCUGCACUGAAGUGAAAGGACCAGAGCCUGGCUACAUUGCUACACCAAUUGCAAUGGUUCAAGCAGCUGUGUCUCUUCUGGAAGAUGCAACUUCUCUGCCUAAACAGGGUGGUGUGUAUUCUCCAGGAGCUGCUUUCUACAAAACAAAGCUGAUUGAUCGCCUUAACAAACGUGGUAUUGAGUUCUCUGUUAUUAGCAAGCCUGAAGUCUGAACUCAAAACAUAACUGUAUGAACUAACACCUUUCCUGAGUCUAGUUCCAAUAAAACUCAUUUGGCUGCAAAAGCCUAAUCGUUCAA